AUCUCCAAGGGUUUUUGAGCAGACAAGAUGGCGGAAGUGGAGCAGAAGAAGAAGCGAACCUUCCGGAAGUUCACCUACCGCGGCGUGGACCUGGAUCAGCUGCUGGACAUGUCCUAUGAACAACUCAUGCAGUUGUACAGUGCUCGACAGCGUCGGCGACUCAACCAGGGUCUGCGGCGCAAGCAGCACUCCCUCCUGAAGCGCCUGAGAAAGGCCAAGAAGGAGGCACCCCCCAUGGAAAAGCCAGAGGUGGUGAAGACACACCUUGGAGACAUGAUCAUCCUGCCAGAGAUGGUGGGGAGUAUGGUAGGCGUCUAUAACGGCAAGACCUUCAAUCAGGUGGAAAUUAAGCCCGAGAUGAUUGGACACUACUUGGGAGAAUUCUCUAUCACCUAUAAGCCUGUGAAACAUGGUCGGCUGGGUAUUGGAGCUACCCACUCCUCUCGCUUCAUCCCUCUCAAGUAACCCAGAUCCUAACAAUAAAAACAAGAAGUUCUAAAAAAAAAAAAAAAA